AUGCAACCCCAUAUCGGUGUAGAACUCAUAGAGUCAUUCCGCGAUGGAAAGUAUGACGAAGCAGAGGGCAUUUUAGGAAGCCACCCCGAACUUUUCGAGAAUCUGGAAUACCUCAUGGAUUACUUACUCAUAGUGGAAAGUCACUUGGGUACUGAAGCUUCAGAUGUUACUAAGCAUUUCAUCAGUAUAUUGAACUUAGUUCCUUUGGGUCUUGCAGUGGAUAUGUUGUCUAAGUUAUGCUCAACUGAAUACUCGACAUACUCUUUUGAAACGACAGCGGAAUUCAUAUUCGAGAAGUUUCCUCUCAUAGAGAAAGACGAAAAACUGAUGGAGAUUUUCAUCUACUCGUUACCGUAUGAAUUAGAAAAAAGAAUAACGAGUAGUUUUACGAAUCGUAAAGCCUUUGCUGAUAUCCUAGCCGAAUCAGUAAUGAUCUUAAAGAUAUACAACUCUUCAACACAGCUUAAGUUUUACAAAUUUCCAAAAAUGAUGCGAAGUAUUGUUGGAAAGCCUUUGUUCAGUAACAAUGUCGAUGCUGAUGAGUUCUUCAGUGUAGCAAGUCGGAGGAUUGCAUUCCAUCCUGUCCUAGUUUAUUAUAAAAAUGCAAAGUUCAUUCCUUGGAUUCAUUCCACAUCUCAUCUGUUAGAACAUGUCAUAGACAGUUUGGUUCUCUAUCUACAGGAUUUUGCUGAAGAUCGGGAGGAUGCUCAUUACCCUUCAAUACUUGCUACCAUGGCCGUUAUAGCCCACAAUAUGAGCAGGUCCUUUUCGGUUCAAAAGAUACAUUGUAUAGAUCUGUUGGUAUUCAAUGUAAUACCUUAUAUCCAAGAUUUCACUUUAGAAGAUAACAGAGUGAGAAUCUUAGGAUCGAUCGACAGCAUCCUUUUGAUGAUAAGUGAUGUGAGCAGAGUCUUAAUUCUGAAACAUCUAGCAGAACGAGUAGUUCAGGUUAAUAAAAAAAUUGAAGGAGACAGUCUAAUUCUCGCAUGGAUCAUCGAUCAUUUCAAAAGAAAUCUAUCGGUUGAAUGUUUCCGGGAAGAGCUAGCUACAUUCUGGACAUAUUUCGAAAAGUUAAUGUACGAGGAUGUCGAAGGCGCAUCUUCAUACUAUACGGCAGUUUUUACUCUUGCCGCAUCCCAAGCUCUGCUAAAGUUGGACAAAGCUAUGAUGGCAAAUGUGAAAAGGAGAAUCUUGGAGCCACUUCAGGAUCAGAUAAGCGACUAUGUACGAUUGCAGGACGUGAAACAGCGAUGUGCACCGAAUAUCGUAGACAAUAUGGCAAUAUCAGAUGCCGAGCACAUUGAUCUCGUUACGCGUUCUUAUCAUCUUAAAAAUAUUUUCUGUAAUGUAAUAGAUUACGUACGGUCUAUCUCUUAUACUGGUGAAACUGUGGUUCAAAUUUCGCGGGCUAAAUACACUGACGAUGCGUCAACAGGUAAAAACUGUUGCAUUAUGAUGCAGCGGGCCGUCGCUACAGGAACUAAGAGCGUGUCUCGCGCGGCUGCAGUCGCUGCCGGAGUCUUCGGAGGUACCGGAGCAGCUCUCAUCUAUGCACUUGAAAACUCGGUUAAUGCAAGCAGUGAUUGUGUCCACCCUUACAAUUUACCAUGGGCUCACUCUGGUGCUUUCUCCUCUUUCGAUAUCGCUUCAGUUCGUCGUGGUUAUGAAGUUUACAAGCAAGUAUGUGCUGCUUGCCACUCUUUGAAGUUCAUCCACUACAGACACUUCGUUGAUACCAUCAUGACUGAGGAAGAAGCUAAGGCUGAGGCUGCUGAUGCUCUCGUUAAUGACGUUAACGAUAAGGGACAAGCUAUCCAAAGACCAGGAAUUUUGACUGACAAGCUCCCUGAUCCAUAUCCAAACAAGAAGGCUGCUGCCGCCGCCAACAACGGAGCUGCUCCUCCUGAUCUAUCUCUGAUGGCUCUCGCCAGACAUGGAGGUGACGACUAUGUCUUCUCUCUUCUUACUGGAUACUUGGAUGCCCCAGCUGGAAUCAAGGUUGAUGAUGGUAAGGCUUAUAACCCAUACUUUGCCGGAGGAAUUAUCUCUAUGCCCCAACAGCUCUUCGAUGAAGGAAUUGAGUACAAGGAUGGAACUCCAGCCACACAGUCUCAACAAGCUAAGGAUGUUUCUACCUUCAUGCAUUGGUGUGCCGAGCCUUUCCACGACACUAGAAAGAAGUGGGCUCUCAAGAUUCUUGCUAUCACUCCAGUCGUUGCUUUGAUCCUUUUAUACGGAAAACGUAACAUCUGGACUUACACCAAGAACCAGAAGUUCUUAUACAAGACUGUUAAAGGACGUGAGCCACCCAAGAGCACCUAA